AUGUCAACAAAACCAGAAUUCGACUUCGAUACUCUAUUAUCCGAUUCUGCAGCCAGGAACAAUGAAAAUAGUGGUAAGGCUGCCACAAAACCUGCCCAAAAUUCCAGUACCGACGGCUUCAUAUCAAGUAUUGGAUUUCAACCUCCUACUCCACUUUCUAGUGCAAAUCCCACUUCAAGUGCGACACCUACUAGACCUCAAUUCUCACCAUUGUCCACUCCCCUUUUUGGAGCCUCGCUAAAUACCACAUCUGAAUCAAAUCCAUUACGAUCAGGCUUCAGUGCAUCAUCCACUACAACAUAUGAAUCAAGUGACAAUGACUCUUGCUCUCGUUCUCUUUUUUCUUUUACUCCUAACCCUGCUACUACACCUGGCUCACUAUUCGGGAGUACUUUUCGAUCUGACUUUGGUGCAUCAUCCACUACAACACAUACAUCAAUUAACAAUGGCUCUUCCUCUCGCCCUACUUUUUCUUUUACUGCUAACCCUGCUGCUGCAACUGGCUCACUAUUCGGGAGUACUUCCGUGCAUUCUCCGACAACGUCAAAUGCAAACUCAAGACCAUUAUUUGGAUACGCAUCAUCGAGCAACAAUCCAUCUUUCGGAAGCGGGAGCUAUGUCCCAUCAAUUGCUACAUUAACGCCCAAUAAACCGGUCCAAAUAUCCACGCACGUACCGGCUUUCAAUUUCCUGCCAACAGAUGCGAAUGAUCCGGCCACUACUUCGGUGACCCCAACUCUAGAAUCCAUAGAAUUUUCUUUCAACAAUCUCAAUAUAUCCACCGAGCAAGGAACAGACAGACCUCAUGCACCUCACACAUCUCACAUCAAAACCACUUCUCCCACACUAGCACCCUCAAAUCCACCAAUACCCAUCACUACCACAUCCUCCGACAAUUCCAUUCUCACCCACAAUCACUAUGAUCUAAACUCCGCCCGUGCACCUCCUUCUCCUUCUCAUUCGCACGAUUUCACUUUGGAUCUCGAAUCCGAGGACCCACGUACACAUUAUCAAACCAUCCAAUUUCACCGAAAAUGGACUUCUCAUUUGAUUUCUCACCUCACUGGUAUUCCUAUCAUCCGCGCUACAACCCCUCUUUCUCACCGACCCGACCACCCCAACGAACUCAAAACUCUCACUCAUCACCUUAAUCGACUUCCCGUAAACGAGCUCACCACUGCUGAAUCCGAGCUCGAGGCUCUAAUUACGCAUCUACUCUCCCGCCCGGUCCUCUACACCCCCCAAAGUUCCCUUCCCAAACCUGACACCCUCCUCUACCGCGUACACGCUGCAACGUCCAAAUCUCCCUUUGACCGCACCACAGGUAUUCGCUGCUCAGGCUGGAUAGACAGUCUCUACAUCUCCGACACAGCAGACUCGAGACAAGCCGACGGCCGAGCAUUCCAAUCCCAUUGUAAUCGCGACAAGGUUCCUAGUCCCUACAUAUCCGUGUCUACAUCCGUUGCACGACUUAUGAGAUUGUCCGAUUGGCCGAGAGAGGAAGAAGCGGAAAGUCGUGUAUUUGUUAUCUCGCUGAAUCGACUUAGACGAUUGGGGAUCAAAGCCCAAAGUACAAAUCUAUAUUUUGAUGAAUUUUUGGAUUCCGCAGGAGAACGGACUUACAGGCCAAAUGGAUGGAAUAAUUACGAGAAUGGAGUGAGUUAUGUGACAGAUAGUCAUUGGUUGGUAGAGGAAUGGAUACCGGAUCAGGCGAUUGUCAGUGAGAUGGAUUGUGAGGAGUUUUUAAAAAUAGCGGAGAGAGGGGGAAUCAAUUGGGAGAUUGCCAGGAAAAACCCAUUCAACUCAGAAUUAGAGCCACUGAAGAUCGACUUGGAAAAGUGGCCUAAAAGAGAUGUGCGAGCAGAAUAG